AUUCGGGACCUCUCCGAGCAGUUCGUAAAGCCGCAUCCGAGACCGAAGAAGACGGUUCGCGUGGAUGCUGUCGGUCAUGAAAAUCCCCGUCCAAGACGAAGCGACCAUCAAGCAGAAGACUGUGACCAAAGGCCAGGCCGUGUGGAAACGCCAUGAAACAGAUGCGACAGUUGGAUUCAGGUCCCUGGUUGGUGUAUUGCGGUCAUCUGAGCAACGAUAUUCCAGUUAAACCUCGGUAGCAAUCUCCAAAUGCAGGGACGCACAGCUCAUGUGGCUUGUCUUUGCCCCGCAGCUCGUGUAGAGGGAGAGGGCUUGAGGCGGUCCAGAAAGUUAGACCAGGUCAUUGCGGGGCGGGGCCGGGGAAGGAGAGAGAGUGUGAAUGUGAAUCCUUUUCCUUGGAUCAAGCAUGCUGUGUUUUUCCAUUUAACCCUCUCAUCAACCGGCCCACGCACGAGGAAGUAUACAAGAUGACGACCCCGCCCGACACGACACACACGCACGAAGUGAGCCACAGCCCCGGCGAGGACUCGACAUCGCCGGAUCGCAAGAGAGACGGGCCACUGGACGACGAAGCCGAAAGGAGCAAGAAGCGACGCAUCACCCGCGCGUGCGACUUGUGCAACAAACGACGAGUCAAGUGUGAUGGACAGCAGCCAUGCUCGAGAUGUGCAGGGCAUGACAUUUGCGAGUAUCAGAGAGCAGUCUACAAGCGGGGAAAGCCCAGUCGUUCCGCCUUGCUUGAGCGACAGAAUGGACACAAGCAGGAAGCCGCGCCCGCACCGCCCGUACCUGCCCCGACACAGCAACCACCGCAACACACGCAGCCCCCACCCCCGGCCACCGUCGCCAUCACAGCCAACUCGGCCCUAACCGAGCAGUCGCAACAAUCAUCAGCAUACGCCCGACACAGCUCCUUCGGCACAGAUCAUGGCAUGCAACCAUUUAUGCACCGCCCGAGCAUGGGAGAACGCCAUGCAUCCACCGUGACUUUGGAUAGCAACGCAAACAUGUGGAACAGCCGAUACUCAAUUGAUCUGGGCACCGCUGCCUUCAACGCAUCAAUGGCCGCGCCAGUUUUUGGUGCCGACGACGGGGCUUCAGAGACAAAUUCAGGAGGUGCUGGUCAAUCCAAAUACCCUGUGCUUGUUCCUCUCCUACCAUAUGUCGCUUCCAUCUUGACAGAAGCCCAGGCUGCGAGUCUGCUUGAACUCUACUUUACCAGUCAAUUCAACACAUUCAUGCAUCCCGUAUGUCGCCACAUCCACGCUUUUGUCUUCCGCAAAGCAUCAGUCAUGAGCAAGGAGAAUCCAAGAAGUUGCAGUCCAGCACUUCUCGCAAGCAUGCUGUGGGCAGCUGCCGAAACAGGAGGUCCGGAAACUUUGUCGUGGUCACACUCGAAGCGUGCCAAUGUUUGCAGGAAACUGCGACUGGUCACGAUUCGCUUGCUCCACCCCUUGGUGCAUUCGGAUAUUGGCUGUGUUCAUGAGUUGACUGAUGGGCCGACUCGAAAACUUCAAGAAUCAAGCUCUGGCACGCUUGACGAUGUCAUCACAUACAUCCACAUCGCUGCCAUCACAUCAGCGAGUGAGGAGAAGGCUAUGAGUAUGAGAUGGUGGCAUGCUGCAUUUGCUCUUGCGCGAGAGCUUGGCCUGAACAAAGAGCCCAUCUCAGGUUCUUCCAUCCCUGGCGUGUCACCAACAGCCAACAACCAGAGCAUGAUCGAGUUUGAGAGCGACCCUUGGCUUGGAUUGAAUUCGUUCGACUUUGACAAUGGUCUCGCACAGUAUAUGGAUGCUGCAGAUACCGCACAACCUGAAGUUGACCAAGAGACUCUCGAAGAGCGGAGGAGAACUUGGUGGUUGCUGUAUAUUCAAGAUCGCCAUUUGGCGCUCUGCUACAACCGACAAAAUGCCUUGCUAGAUGCCGAAUGCGAGGACCUCCUAUUGCCCCUGGAUGAGGCAUCAUGGCAGUCCGGCAACUUCUCAUCCCUCACACAACGCCCACAAUUCCCAUCAUUCGAAUGCACUGGUCACAACAUUUAUGGCUGGUUCUUGCCAUUGAUGACAAUUGUCGGUACAAUACUCGACUACAACCAUCUCAAAAACCACCACACGCUUGGAAAGCUCUACACAGACGGACAACGCGUGCAAUCGCAAGUUCUGCUACAACUCGACAAUUACGCACAAAGUCUGGUUCGUUUCGAGCAACAGGCGUCCGCAUUGGACUACCAAGACAUCCACCACACAAAAACCGUCGUCGCGUACGCCAACCUCGUCAUCCAGGUGUCCCGCGUCUUGUUGGCGGGCAAGUGGGAUCCCAUGUCUCUAUUCGACGACCGCGACCUUUUCAUGGCCACUCCUUCAUUCACGACCACCAUCGCCAACGCCAUUGCAGCCGCCGACAACGUCUCUCACAUCCUAGACGUCGAUCCGGAUCUCGGCUUCGUUCCCUACUUCCUCGGCAUACAACUCUUGCAAGGCAGCCUACCACUCCUCCUCAUCGUAGAUCGAUUACAGACAGAAACGGAUCCGAAAAUAAUAAAUGCCUGUGAAGUCAUCAUUCGAGCGACCGAGGCUUGUGUGUCGACAUUGGACACUGAAUAUCAGCGCAAUUACCGCCAAAUACUCCGAUCCGCAGUCACACAGGCACGAGGCCGCUACGUACCACAGAAAGAAACACAAUAUCGCAGACACACCGUUCUCGCACUAUACCGCUGGACCAAAAACGGCACUGGCAUUGCAUUGCGAUGAAGGGAAAAUAAAGAGCUUGGGAAAGAACGAAGAGAUGGAGGAUAACACGCACAUCUUAGGCGCCUGUGGUCACGAGGGGAACGAAUGGAUUAUCAUGAACAUAUGGGUUUUUGGACAGAGUCUCAAUCUCGAGGUCUCUGGGAGUUGAUUUUGGACGGACACAACGCAUACGCAAACGCUGCUGCUACAACGCAGCACGCAUUGUUCUGCACCUGCCCCGGUAUUCAGGAGUUGGCUUUUUUUCCGCUACACAUACCCUCGUUUUUUCGAUUCUAAUGUACAGUUUUUUCUCUUGGGCAUAUCGAAAGGCUUUUACCAC